CGCCCUUUGGCCCCGCAGUGGGUUUGUGGCCCUUGAGCUCUUCAGCGCACCGGGAUCAGGACAGCAGUGGGAGUCGGGAGCUCAGAAACAAAACAUCUGCUGGUUUUCACAGUGAAGGAGUACUGAUAACUGCACUAGUCACAAUGGUGCUCUUCUGCGCGGAUCUGCUGUGCUGCUGCUGCUGCUGUUCUCUAGCCGUUCUGGCGCUCGUCGCUGCGGUCUGGCUCUUCCGAGACCUCCGUCAGAUCAGCGGCAUCCACGAGAAACACGUCCUGGUGACGGGCUGCGAUAGCGGCUUCGGACUGCUCGCGGCGCGGCAGCUCGACCGGCGGGGGUUUCACGUGAUCGCCGCGUGUCUCACGGAACCUGGUGCCUCCAGACUGCGCGCGGCGGCCUCCCCCAGACUCAAGACGCUUCUGCUCAAUGUUACCGACAGCGCGAGCGUGGAGAGUGCGCUGGAGCGCGUGCGCAGCGAGGCCGGGGAGAGAGGUCUGUGGGGUUUGGUGAACAACGCUGGCAUCUCGGUCCCCGUCGGCCCCAUGGAAUGGAUGCAGCUGGAGGACUUUAAGAAGGUUCUGGACGUAAACCUCAUCGGUCUUAUCGAGGUGACUCUGAAGUGUCUUCCUCUGCUGAAGAAGGCUCGUGGUCGGGUGGUGAACGUGGCCAGCGUACUGGGCAGAGUCUCACUCAUCGGGGGAGGAUAUUGUCUCGCUAAAUAUGGUGUGGAGGCCUUCUCUGAUAGCUUGAGGAGAGAUAUGAUGCACUUUGGAGUGAAGGUAAGUAUCAUUGAACCAGGCUUCUUCAAAACACAAGUAACAGAUUUGAGCCUCAUUGAAGAUGAUCUGAAGAAACGGUGGAGCAACCUCCCAGCAGAGGUCAGGAGAGCCUAUGGAGACUCAUACCUGCAGGACUAUAUAAAGUUGCAGGAGUUCUCCAUGAAGACUCUGGCCAGCAGUGAUCUUUCUAAAGUGACGUCAUGUAUGCAGCACGCUCUAUCAGCGCGUUAUCCCCGAACACGCUACAGCGCAGGCUGGGACGCCAAGUUCCUCUGGAUUCCCCUCUCGUACCUGCCGACAUGUAUAGCAGACAUCUUCACCAACAAUUUAAUGCCUUCCACGAAGGAGAGCUGAAUAUCUCUACAAAGAUUUGCUGAAAACGCCACUGCAGCUCAACUUAUCUGAUUUGUGAAGUUUUGUCUUUGAAACUGUGAUUGCUGUAUGCAACAAUGAUCACCCAGCCCUGCAUUAUGAAAACGGCUCAUGUUUGCGUUUACUUACAAAAAAAAAAAAAAAAAAAAAAAAGGCCUAAUAUUAUCUAAUUUGAUGAUGCGGAGUUCAAAAAUCAGCAUGCGAGUUCAUCACAUAUACAACAUUUAAAUGUCAAGUGUUUCAUAUCAUUUAACUUGCAAUCUGCAAAGUAGCGGAAAAAGUGGAAAUCAGGAUUAGGCAUAAAAAAUUUCUUCAGAAUCAUUCAUAUAUGUGAAAAUGGGCUGUUAAUUGAACAAAUGAUUGCAACCUGACCCAGAGUAAGAUGGGAAAAAUAUCUUUGUGGCAAGUUUUCUGCUGAUUAGGGGGGAAAUACAAGAAUUCUUCACCUUAUAAAUAAUUGUUGAAAGCAAAAAAUUUUAUGAAAUGCAUCAUAUUUUGUGAGAAAGUGAUGCGUAGAGUGAAAAAGGCACUAUUCUUGCAAUCAGCGCCUCAAAAAUUAGUAAGAAAAGUAUUGGAUUUCAUUAAUGCAGGGCGGUGCAAUAAUGCAAUCAAAUAAAAAUGCAUUUUAUAUAUUGUUGCAUUUUCCAUAAAUAAAGUACCCUUUGGUGUCCAACAAU